AUGGCUCGCCGAGGUCUCAAAAUAUGCUGCUUCGGCUCGGCGGCUUUCUUGGCCAUUCUCGCUGUCGUCAUCGUGACCUUGUCGCUCACGAUCUUCAAGCCCAAACAGCCUCAGAUUACGGCCCACCCCAUCGCCGUCGAGAGCAUCCAGUUCAACGACACCGCUAACAACGUCACACUGGACGUCGCGUUAAGCAUGGUCGUGACGAUCGACAAUCCCAACUAUGGCGGAUUUGAGUACAGGAGCGCGAUCGGAUAUGUUACCUACCACGGGUCGACGGUGGCUGAAGUCUCCCUCAAGCAAAACAAGAUCCCUGCUCGGGCGAAAGUCAACAUAACCACCUCGACGGAUCUGAUCGCCAUCAAAUUGAUAUCGAACCCAACCUUGUGGGAAGACAUUGCCUCGGGCUACUUGAACUUCACUUCCACGGCGACUUUGCCCGGGAAAGUCAGCAUGGCUAAGAUCUUCAGGUUCCACGCCACUGCUUAUAGCACCUGCUACAUCUUAUUUCACGUUCAGUCUAAGGCUAUGGACACCAAAUGCUAUUCCAGGAUAAAGCUGUAG